AUGUUGAAAAGAUUAUUUCAAUAUAAAUCUAUAUGUCGUUUUCAUCAUUGUACAGCUACAGCUAUAUCACUUGAUAAUCGUUCUUUAAUUAAAGUUCAUGGUGAUGAUACAUCGAAAUUUUUACAAGGUCUUAUUACAAAUGAUAUUGAAUUUUUAAAAAAUACAAAUGCUAUUUAUAGUAUGUUACUUAAUGCUCGUGGAAGAAUUCUUUAUGAUAUGAUUAUUUAUAAUCCUCAUUUAAAUAAAUCAUCAUAUUUAAUUGAAAUAUCUCAAAAUGCUGUUCCAGAUUUUAUACGUCUUUUACGUACAUAUAAACUUCGUAAACAAAUUAAUAUAGAAGAUGUUACACAAACACAUCGUAUUUGGUCAAUAUUUUCAUCUAAAAAUGAAUCUUUAUUAAAUAAAGAUGAUUUUCGUGAUUGUUUAAAUUUUAAAACACGACAAGGUCUUAUUAUUGGUCAAUCAGAUCCUCGACAUCCUAGUCUUGGUAUACGUCUUAUAACUGAACAUCAAACUCAAAUAAAUGAUCUUGCAGAUUUUUGUAAUAUAUCAAAUGAUAUAUUAAUUUAUAAACAAUGGUUAUAUCAAAAUGGUAUUGCUGAAGGUAUUGAAGAUAUUCCACCUGGUGAAUGUAUUCCACUUGAAUAUAAUAUUGUUUUUCUAAAUGGUGUAUCAUUUAGUAAAGGUUGUUAUAUAGGACAAGAACUUGUUGCACGUACACAUCAUACAGGUGUUAUACGAAAACGUUUAAUGCCUGUUCAAAUUGAUAAUUUUAAAGAAUUAUCAAAAAGUUUUAAUCAUAAUGCAAAUAAUUUAACAAUUAUUAAUGAAAAAACAAAACGACGUGCUGGAAAAUUAUGUACAUCAAUAAAACAAUAUGGUAUAGCAUUAAUACGUUUAAAUGAAUGGAAAUAUAAUUUACGUAUUCAAAAUGCUGAUGUACCUAUUAUACCUUCGAUACCUAAUUGGUGGCCUCCACUUGAUGAAGCAACAAAACUUGAAAUGCAAAGUGAUAGUAUUUAG